CAAGACUCAUCCAGGUGGCCAUGGCCGCGGAUUUCAACAGCUUGGUGAAUCCUUAGCUCUAAAGCAAGCGCUACAAGUCAAGCCCAUCGCCACUGCCCUCAUUCCAUUUAAAAGCCCCAUUUCAAAGAGUUCUCUCCCUUGGCUUGAGUUGUCUGAUAUUCUAAGCCAAUUCUGGUAUGGUUUCAUUUGGUUCUGAAGUUCUGCCAUCUAUUGGCGGCAAGAGCAGAAGAAUGAGGGAGAAGCUCGAUGCGCUGCUCAGAAGAAACUUCAAGACGUCAAAAUUCAAGAGCCUUAUUGGUCUUGCGAUAACUAGAAUCGGUGUUCUCAAGAACCAACGUCGUGCCCGUUUCUCUCAAUCGAGAAAGGAUGUCCUGGAACUCCUCAAGAGGGAACAGCAAGAGAGCGCUCUUCUUCGGGUGGAACAUGUGAUCAAGGAACAGAAUAUGUUGGAUGCUUUCAUUCUGAUAGAAGGUUUCUGCCAUCUCCUGAUAGAGAGAGUCUCCCUCAUAGAAAACCAAAAAACAUGUCCAGAUGAACUGAGAGAGGCAAUAUCAAGUUUGAUCUUCGUUAGUUCAAGAUGUGGGGAGCUACCUGAGCUGAAAGAGGUUCGUUCUAUCUUCACAUCGAGGUAUGGAAAAGAAUUCACUGCCUCUGCACUCGAAUUACGUGGUGGUUGUGAAGUGAGUGUGACGUUGAUUCAGAAAAUGUCAACAAAACAACCAAGUUUAGAAGCCAGACUUCAAGUGCUCAAGGAAAUUGCUAAGGAAGGGGAUCUCCAACUGAACCUAGAAGAAUUGUCUGAUCUUACUGUGGAGGGCUUGGGAUUGAACCCGAAGCAAUCGAGAGGUUCAGCAGAUGCAAACCAAAAAGAGGGUCGAUUCAAAAAAGAAACUUCCACGGAUGUCGAUGAUUCAGUUAAAUUUGAGAAGGAUCAGUUGAUUGCAGGAUCCGUGAACGUGAAAAACUACUCGGAUGUGGAAGAAGCAGCACGAGCUGCCUUUGAGUCAGCUGCUUAUGCCGCAGCUGCUGCAAAAAUUGCUGUAGAACUUUCAAAGAAAGAAUCCCAAGGUAAAGGCUUUGACGAUCCUGAUGAUUCUAGUUCUGAAGGGAAAAAUGUAUCCGAUUCAGAUGAAAGUGAAGGUUACAGAACAACCAGAUCGAAGUAUGCAAUGGAAUCGUCAGAAAUAAAUAACCUCCAACAUGAUGAGGAUUUUAGUUAUCAACCAAAAGACCAUCAUGUAAUCGGACAGAGUCCAGAGAAACGAAAAUAUGCCGAAAAACUGAAGUCGCGUCAAGAGAGAACUCCAUCAUCCUCGAGCACAGAUUCCUUUGAAGCUAGUCAAGAAGAGGAAAAUUUCUCCGUAGAAAAGUCGCCUAGGGUUGAUGGACCGUCGGUGAUCAGAGAAGAACGACAUGACCACCAAGUUAAAUACGGAGGAAAGGCAGGAUCCGAGGGCUCCCUUGAUGACGACCAGUCACCAGUUGAGUCUUAUGAUUACGGACGAAACUCUAGAACGGAAAAUCCAUAUCGGCACUCCACAUCUAAGCUGCGAUGGCAGAACUCAGACGUGAAGAAAGGGCCGAUUCAAGAAGAGCCCAACAGGUUACCUCAAAAAGGGUCCUAUUUUGUCUCUGUAAGGACGAGGCCAAGUACUAGGCAAUAAACCAAAAGAAACGAGAUGCCAAAUGAUUUUGCGUGGAUGAGACAGAAAGUGGUGUUAUUCUCUUCGUUUUCCCGUUUUCCUGUUGGCCUGGCUUAUCUACAAUGCUGGCAGAGAGUGGUGUUGUGCUUGUGAGUUUAUGUAAAGAGUGCUUGUGAGUUUUAAGUAUAGAGGGUAUGGCUGUCUAAUACAAGGUUUUGCUUUCCAUUGAAAUUGAGCGUUGGUCACACUGCCACCGUGGUGACGAUUUAAUGUACAGCAAAAUAUUCCAAGCAUCAUCUCAUCUAUGACUGUGUUGGUUUUAAUA